CAAAACCCUAACACCUUCACUUUCAUUCAUUCACAUAUUUCCUCGACCAAAAAUGGCAGAGCUUCACCAGCAAUACCAGCAGUCCCACCCCUUCCAGGCCCAACAAGGCAUGAUGCAGCAACAACCCAAGUCCUACCAGGUCGCCAAGGCCGCCACCGCAGUCACCGCCGGGGGCUCACUCCUUGUCCUCUCCGGUUUGGUCCUCGCUGGUACGGUUAUAUGCUUGACCGUAGCCACUCCCCUCCUUGUGAUCUUCAGUCCGGUUCUCGUACCGGCUGUCAUCACCGUGGCUCUCAUUAUGACCGGCUUCUUGGCCUCCGGCGGGUUUGGCGUGGCGGCCAUCAGUGUCUUGUCGUGGAUCUACAAGUACGUGACCGGAAGCCACCCUCCUGGAGCGGACAAGCUCGACUCAGCACGACACAAGCUGGCCGGGAAGGCAAGGGACAUGAAGGAUCGAGCUGAACAGUUUGGGCAACAGCAUAUGGGCACUGAACGCGGGCAGCAUGGUCAGCAUCAGACUUCUUAAAUCUUCACCGUUGCUGAACGGUGGUGGCGGAGUGUGGUGUUCAUAGUUGAGACUAGGCCCGGGCAAUGUUUGUGUAUUAGAUUCGGUUGCUUUGUCUCGUCUCGUACGUAUUUAGUAGUUGUGUGUGUUUGUAUGUUAAACUUGUUGUUUCUGGGUUUCUCUGUGUAUUUUAGUUUUAUGUAAUGCGCUGUGAACUGAGAGUGAAAAAACCUUGGCUUAUUUUGAAGGAAAAAGAAAUAAAAAUUCAAAAUUAAUGUG